AUGUACAAGAAGAGGGCUAGAGCGAGGAGUGUAGUUGCCUCAGAGGCGAUUGGCGGAGGCGAGGACAGGGGGGCCGGCCUUUCGAAACCCAGCCGAAGCGUUGAAAACCUACACUGCUUCAAAUACGACGAGUCUGGAUGCACGCGAAGACGACGAUAUCUCCGAGGGGUUCUUCUGGUUAGCUCAGCGAUAAAUGGCGUCGCAGUGGCUACGAGGUUGAAACUGGCGCAAUGCCCGGCUCCCGACUGUGAAGAGUCUCGUAGCGAAUGGGACGAAACAUCAUGCUACCGAGGCGUCAACAAAACUGGUGCUCAGUCUCGAAACAGUUCGGCUACUCAGUCAGUAUUUAUCACCCUAGAGAGGUUCAAGUCGAGCCAGGACGACUGCUCAGCAAGCCAGAGCAACUCCUUCACGGCAAGUCAUUCUCUCGAUCCGAGAGUCUUCGAACAUAACGACAUACGGCAUAGAGCAUAG